AUGGAGGCGAGCGAAGGAGUCGCCUCCGCCGUGGGCGUCAAGCUGGACCGCCGCUCACCAGGCCCAGCGUCCCAAUCCAAGCGUGACCGCAAGCGCCAGGCCCUGAUUGAGCGCCUGUCCAUCAUGAACGACAAGCUGCAGCGCGACCGAGACCUCACCUACCGCGACCAGCUGCAGAAGAUCCAGUACGAGGUCGGCCUUGUGCAGCGCUUCGACCCGUACGCCUCCAACGCCCUCGAGAAGGCGGCCGAGCUGCUCCAGGAACACAGACAGUCCCAGGGGCCGCCAGUACACGCCGAUGGCGCCCGAAGCCUCAUGGACAUGGCGGGAAUCCGCUUCCCAGACUUCAUUGACGAGGUGGAGGACCUGAUUGAGAUCCGCGACUUCCAGCUUGUGCAGUCCAAGAACGAAUAUGAACGAAAGGUGCAAGAAUACAAGAACACGCACGCAUACAAGGUCGAGACGGCCAAGCGAGAGCAUCGAGCUCUGACCGAGACGCUCCGCGACCGGCUGAUCAACAGCCUCACACAAAAGAAGAACCGUCUAAACAGAGAAAAAGAAGUGCUGGAGAUCAACGACUCCAACGCCCUGCUGCUCAAUCCAAACCAAUUCAGCCUGACCAACCCCGCUAGCCCCGGGGGUGCCCAUGGCAAGCGGGCGACCCGACUGCGCAAAGAUGCCGAAGAUCUCCAGGUCUUCCCCGACGGCAAGAAGCGCAAGCGCAACCAGGGCGAAGAUGACGGAUCGCCGGUGCCCUCGCGCCGGGCUCUGGAUCCCAACAGCACGACGCCCCUGUGGCAGUCGGAAAAGGCCCGCGCCGCCGCCAAGCAGAACGGCCCCGUCUACAGCAUCGACAAGCUCUUUACAGACAAGGAGCUGUCUCUACACUACAACACGGCUGCCCUCGCCGCUCACCAGUAUGUGCUACGCAACCGUGGCAACGGCAAAGACUCGUCUCCCGACGACAGCGAGUUCGGCAACGGCGACAGCAACGACAUCGACAAGGACGAUGCCGACUCUCAGCCGUCUGCUGCCCCCAUGAUGGAGCGACAGGUCUCGCAUGCAACUCGCAGCACUAGGGGUGGGGCGAACCAGAACUUUUUGGACGACAAGAUUCUGGGCAUCGAGGGCAUCGCCAACUUUGAGAUCCCGGCCAACCUGGACCUGAUGCAUGCCCAGGAGCCGCCUAAGAUGCCGCCACCGGUUCCCCAGCAGUACCUCAAGCCAUAUCCAAGAUCUGCCGACCAGAAUUUCCCCGUUCCCCUGUCCCAAGAUGACAUUGCCUCUGAUCUUUCCGUCAUGGGCCUAUUCAAGCAGUACGACCAAACCCACAAGCCCGGAGCUCAUCUCGAUGCGUCUAGUGGUCUGCGUAGGAUUCUCGAGGCCGUGGCCGUGCCUUACCACCAGGGCCGAUAUGUCGCUUUUACGAGCGCUGCUCGCGAUGACCCGGAGAACCUCCGUGAUGCUCUCGGCAUCCCUUCCAGCAACAUUCGCGACCAGCCAAGCCCGAUCCACCAGAGCCUCUCCUUGGCAGCCCUAUCGGCGGCGGCAGCAGCCCCGAUGAGCCGACAGAGCAGCCAGACGGGUGGUGUGGCUAUGAGCCGCCAAGGAACCAGCGGCAGUGGCCGUGGAAAGGGGCGUCGAGGUUGA